AAACUCGGGAAACUGAUUUCUUCAAAGUGGCUGGUGCAGAUUUGGUGCUCUGUAAUAACCUCCAAGUUAUACCCUGGAUUGUGUGCGCUUCCAGUCCGGGGAGAUAAUAGUGUACAUUGUGGUGGAUUUAGCACAUUUCGUUCCGUUAUCUGCGGUGACAGUGGGAAGAAUCACCCUCGACGUGGACGUGGUCAGUUGGCGUGUCCCGACUUGGAGUGACGGCUGUGCAGUCCUAUGAUUCCUCCUAAACAUUUUUCGCACUGGCCCCUUUUUUUAAACUAACUAUAUCGCUAACUUUAGUUAUAUCGUGACCUAUUUAACACCUUCGUCGGAAGCUGAAGACGGCCGGGGUUUCAAGAUGUCUGUAGCGGGCUUGAAGAAGCAGUUUUAUAAAGCCAGCCAGAUGGUAAGUGAGAAAGUCGGAGGUGCUGAAGGAACUAAACUAGAUGAUGACUUCAGAGACUUGGAACGGAAAGUAGAUGUGACCAGUAAAGCGGUAGUGGAGGUUAUCUCCAAAACAUCAGAGUACCUUCAGCCCAACCCAGCGUCACGGGCCAAACUGUCCAUGUUGAACACCAUGUCUAAGAUCCGUGGUCAGGUGAAAAAUCCAGGCUACCCUCAGGCCGAGGGGCUGCUAGGAGAGUGUAUGGGCAAGUUUGGACGGGAACUUGGAGAGGACACUAACUUUGGCGGAGCACUAGUAGAUGUUGGAGAGGCCAUGAAGAGAUUGGCAGAAGUCAAAGACUCUCUAGAUAUCGAUGUCAAACAGAACUUCAUUGAUCCAUUGCAAGGGCUUUGUGACAAGGACCUCAGAGAGAUACAGCACCACCUGAAGAAGCUGGAAGGCCGUCGCCUGGACUACGAUUACAAGAAAAAGCGUCAGGGCAAGAUCCCAGAUGAGGAGGUUCGACAGGCCCUGGAGAAGUUUCAUGAGUCAAAGGAAGUGGCCGAGACUAGCAUGUACAACCUGCUGGAGACUGAUAUAGAGCAGGUGAGCCAGCUGUCAUCUCUGGUGGAGUCCCAGCUGCAGUACCACAGACAGGCUGUGCAGGUGCUGGAGGAGCUUUCUGACAAACUCAGAGACAGGAUGAAUGAGGCUCAGACUCGACCAAGACGUGAAUACACACCUAAACCCAAGCCAAUCUUUGACUUCGGGGAUGAUAACCAUUCAAAUGGCGGCUACUCAACCUCAAUGGCGCUGCCACCUUCACGCAACUCAGCCCCGGAGCAGCCGAGCUGUAAGGCGCUGUACGACUUUGAGCCAGAGAACGAGGGAGAGCUGGGCUUCCGCGAGGGCGAUAUCAUCACCCUGACCAAUCAGAUCGACGAGAACUGGUACGAGGGCAUGCUGAACGGCCAGUCGGGAUUCUUCCCCCUCAACUAUGUCGAGGUGCUCAUUCCGUUGCCACACUAAUAUAAAGAGAGCAAGAGAGCCAUGGAGGAGACUGAUGGAGAGGAGGAGGAGAGGGAGAGUAGAAUUAGUAGAGAGGGAGGAAAGUGAAGCCAAGGGAUGGUCCGCAGAAUAUUCAUUUUCACCUUCAGCUCCAGCGCCAUCAUCACAGACGAGCACUUUUUGUCAACUGGAGUUCUGGAGAAGACGGUCAGAGUUCAAAGUCCAGACCAGAAUAUCAACCUGUUCCACCCAAAGGUAGAAGGAUCUAAGAUGGACACAAAACGUCAUUACUCGUUAUCUGGCAGUCAGAAACAUUUCUUGAGGACUAACUAAUGACACAUUUAUAAGCAAUAUUUUUCUUUAACUAGAAAUUCCUGAUAUAGUAAAAGCCAAUUGGUGAUUGUCUGGUGAUUAUGAUGACUGGUGUGGCACAUUCAUGUCAUCCUUUUUUGUGUGACUGCAGUUUGUUUAAAACUCAGGUUGGUCACCAACUUAACAGUCAGUUUUCAGACUGGAGAGGCCAACUCAAACCUCACAGUAAAUGUGUAACUUGACUGAUUAUUAUCCUCAUUUCAAAACCCAAAACCUUGUUUGUGCCCCCUUUUAAGGACUGGAGCUCAUCUCUGCCACCUGCUGGCAGGACUGAGAAUUACUUAUACCUAAACUAAAAUGGAACUACACUCAACUAAAUGUAGUUUAGUCUAUCUAAAAUGACAAAGUACUUCAUUCAUAUUUUUAAUGAGAAUAAUGAGCCAAAAUUAGCCUCAGAUCUGUGUUUUAGACCGUUUUGAGGUUUUGGCCUAUUUGUAAUGCUCUUUUUAAAGAUCUAAGUGUAAGCUGUGCACUGAUGCUAGCUUCAAAAGACAACAGGCCUGAUACAGUGGUUUCCUUUUAAUAUUGUUUCAGUAUUCGAUCUAUGUUAGUCUCAACCUAUUAGAAUAGUUUAGAGUAGAACUACUUAUUGAAUAUGUGAGAAAAUGUUGUAAUUGCACCUUGGUCCUCAAAUGAGAUUGAUGUGUGUGUGACUUACUCCACCAUUACACACAGACCCCAAAGUUAAAUGCAGACGUUGCACCUUUUUGUCACUUAAUGCAGGUGUGUGUUUGUUGUGUAGAGAUGCAGAAUGAUUAGUUGUGUAGUGGUGUCUGCUAGUCUGUUCAAUAGAGGAGACAGAGCCAAAAAGUUGAUGAAAUGCAAUAGAAACAUAUCGCUCGCUUGUUAAACUGCUAACUGUUCUGUAACAUAGCCAUAUAUUCAUUUAGUUUUGGGCCUGUUUGUCUUAACGUGUUAAGCCUUUUCCUUUAUUCGGUCCUUGACCCCGUUUUAGGCGGCUGUUAACUCCAUACAGUACCUGAAUAGAUGACGCUGCGGGCAGCGACUCAGUCUUUCAUUUUCAUCAAUAAUUGUCCCGCUAUUUCUGUCUGCCCUCGUGUCUUUGAGAAUGUGAAACUCGUCUGUGCUUUGAAACUGAUUCUGACCCUGUGAUUCUGAUGAUUUACAGCAGCUCUGAUUCAAUUUAUUUGUUAGUACAUUUGGGCUGAUGUAGACAGGUGUUGCUCCUUUUUAUCUAUUUAGACAAGGCUGGUUUCUUGUUGAGGAUUUAGCCACAGUCCACACCUGCAGAUGGAGUCUUAUCCAACAUACACUGUACAGUAUGAGGGAAAGUCCUGGAGUGAAAGGGAAAACAUCAAGGGAAAAAUAAGUGUAAGCUGUUGUCCAUUUUGAUUCAUUUGGAGAACGUUUGUUACCAAACACGAAUCCUUACCAAACAGUUACCGUCAGUCCUGCUGAUUUUGAAUUGUUUGGCAGGGGGACAAGUUUUAAUUGUGAAUGACAAAUGUGUGCUCUUUCAUUGUUUGCAGUAUCUUUCUGCUACAUUUCCCCUCUUUAUAUCUGUGUUUGUCCAUCACUCCACGCUGCCAAACACUUCCCCCUCUCCUGAGUUUUGUCCUUGUCUAAUAUGUUUACAUUUCUGAUCUUACUACAUUUCAAUGCUUGUAUCAAGUUCAGGGCAAAGUUUAAGGACUGUAGGAGGUGCUGUCUGGAUCCCACUGUUAUAAAAAAAAAAAAAGUCCUUGAUAGCUUUGUUUUAGUGCCUUUGAAAAAGAAAGGGGGAAAGUACCGCAACUAAUACAGCAACCAAAACCUAACCUAGCUACUUAAGAAAAUGGUCAAGAAUUUCUUUUCUACUUUUGGUUUUAUUUCUAGCCAUUGGCACUUUCCUGUGUAAAGAUUUAAUGCAUGUGUGCACGUGUGUGCACAUUUCUGACACUACAGGCAGUUUCCUGGAUGUGUGUUGUUUAGACUAAUGUGAGGUUUAUCAGCAGACUGCCAGUGGAAACUGUUUUUUAUGUAGAUUUUAAUCAAUGUCUGGAAAAAAAAAUGUCCCACUGAUUUCUAAGGGCUAUGUAUUUGUUUAAUCAGUCUUAAAUGCUCUUUCGAACAACAUUAAAUCAUUCUGGCUCUCUAUAGUAUUAUUUUUUAUAUUCAAGGCCUUUAAACAUUUAAAUUAAUCUUUGCAUGUAGUCCUAUAUUACACCUUGUAAAUGUGUAUGUCUUAGAUUUAAGUUGCCUUUUUACUUUUGGUAUGAGUACAGAAUUUAACCGCAAUAUUUUGUCUUUUAUUAUCAAAAUAUUUGUACGUGCUUCUGUCUUGUCCCCCACCUCCCCCUUCUUACAAUAAAUAAAGAAAAAAAGCGUU